AUGACCGAGGAAUUGAAAGUGGUGCUGCGUCGCAGUCGCAGCGAACAGCAUUCUGGUUUCGGAUUUUCACUGCUUGGAACGACUGGACCGCCGCAUGUCAUCUACGACAUUGUUGAGAAUUCGCCGGCUGCUGAUAGCGGUGCGGUGGAGGCGGGUGAUGUUAUAUUGAAAGUCAAUGGCAUUGAUGUGCAUCGUCAUACAACAAAAGAAGUGCUGAAAUGUCUGCGUUUGUCUGAGAACUUAGUUACCUUGGAGCUGAAACGAGAUCCCAAGCUAAAGGCGCGCAUAAAAGAGCAGCUGGCCAAUACGCAUAGUCCACACUAUGUGGACAUUGAAUCUCCUUUGAAUAUUUAUGACUAUAGCAGCAGUCCAAACUCUGCUUCGCCCAAGCAUCAGCGACAGCAGCAGCAGCAGCAGCAUAAGGCAGCAACCACGCCCACAAAUGCUGGAUCACCAGCGCUGCGCUACAAGUCGUCGCCCUCGCAUUUGCCUUCAUUGCGCCAGCAAUCGCCAACAGCAACAACAGCAAUCAGCUCGAUAGCAACAACAACAACACAACAUACGCACAGUCGCAAUUCUUCCGCCAGCUCCACCAAAAUACAAAUGGUAGAGUCCACCAUUAUAACGAGCAGCACAAGCAACAGUUAUAUUGCCACAUCACCAACAUCAGCAGCAGCUGCAGGCAGCGGCGCCACCUCGCCAACAUUUCGACCAUCACGCAUUCCACAGGCGCUCAAAGCAGCGCAGCCCAAGCAGCUGCAAUCGCCGCAGCAUAAGCGACCACGCCCCUCCCAAAUACCCACAAAGGCAGCCAACGGCAACUCCAUACAGCAGCCACAGCAGCAACAGCAACUUCCGCCGCCGCUGCAGCAUUCCAAUAGCUACAGCGGCAGUCCGGCGCUAACGCGUCAACGUCACGGCGCAGAGCGCGAGUCGGAGCGUGAGCCAGAGCCCAACUCGGCGCCACCGCAGCCUGCCAAGGCGCCACGCUUCGAGGCUUAUAUGAUGACCGGCGAUCUUAUACUGAAUCUAAGCCGCACGCCGCAGUCCAGCAAUUUGCUUACAGCGCAGGCCAAGAAGGUGGACAGUCUGCGAGACUUUCCCAAGCGCACGCUGGGCAGCGCUCGUGCCAAUGGCGCCUUAGCGCCGCGUGCUUCCGGUGAAAGUUCGCCCACUUCGUCUUCCUCGGUGGACUCGCCUACCAAUACCAACACCAGCUCGGAUUCGGUUAGGCGUGAGGCUAAAAUGCAGCGUGGCCAACAGCAGCAACAGUUGCAGCAGCAGCAGCAACAACAACAACGUGAUAGCAUUAACAACAGCUACAAUCGACGGGACUCGCUGACCAACGAUACGCUGCUUAUGUGCGAUGAGCUGGAGCGUGAUGAGGACGCUAGUCUGGAGUAUGGCGACAAUAAGCGUCGGCAGCAGCAGCAGCUGCGUCAGCGUCAACAGCAGCAGCAGCAACAACAACAGCAGCAGCAGCGCUAUGAGUACUAUCAGAAUGAAGAUGAUUUGGAGGCGGAGCAGGAGGAGCGUGAAGAGGAUCAAACGCACUACGACAUUACCAACAUAGAAACCUAUCAAAGCGGUUUGGGCCGUGGCGAUGAGGAUGACAGCGAUCGGCAGUGUCUAGUGGAUGAUGAUGAUGACGAAGUGGACUACAAUGAGGAAGAAAACGAUGCAGGCGAUGAGGAGUACUCCACCAAUUCGCUGGGCUCAGCCAAGCAGCGUUUGCGCGCGCUCAAGCAGCGCAGCCGACAGCAGCAGCGCCAACGCGAUGCCGUUGAUUGCGCACGUGCCCAAGCUGGCUACUCUGGCUCCACCAGCAACUCCUCGGGCACAGUGAAAAGCGAAGCUAUCUUGGGCUUAGUGCAAGAUGAAACUUCGUUCUCAGUGCCUACAUCGCCCAUUUCGCUGUCAGCGCCGCUUGUGGAUAAGGAAACGGCCAGCUCGGUGCCCACCAGUCCGGAGCCCAGUUCGUUGGCGCCCGAGUCUAGCAAUGCGGCGGUGGUGGUGCGUCGCCACAAUGGCCAUGUGGUGCGCAAAUGUGAUGCAGCUGGAUUUCGCACUAGUAAAUCUGAAGAUCAUUUGCAGCAAAUACAGCGUGAGGGCAUUGCGGCUGUGAUACCCAUUGACAUUGAUGAGGAUGUAAAUAGCUCACUCAACACGUUGCUCGAUACGCGUCAUGACUCGGAGGACUCGCAGGCAUCGAAUCGUGAUCGCAUUGUUUGGACCUACAAUGCACCAUUGGCGCCACAUCAGCUCGCGUUACUACAGCAGCAGCAGGAACAACAACAACAGCAGCAGCAGCAAUACUACGGUCAGCAAUCGCAUUCAAAUUCACAUUCAAGUUCCAUUAGUUCAUCGCCUCAGCAUUCGGCAGUCGGCAGUCCGAACUCGCCCACGUCUGUGUCGUCGUCCGUCAUGUCAUCCUCAGGCUCAAAGAGCGCGCAGCAACAGACGCCUCCACAGCAGCGUCUGCAGCAGCAGCAACCACAGCAGCCAGUUGCAUUGCCAGGUCUGUUGAGCUGUCCAAAUGGUGCUGGCGGCGGCGGUGGUGGUGGUGGUAAUGGUGGUGGUGGUAGUGGUCUUGGUGGUGGUGCUGGCUUUGGCAACGAUCAGAGCGUCUCAGAGGCCAUUUCAAAUAUCUCUAGUCCCGACUAUCAAGAUGACGAUAAUUUAUUGAGUUCUCGCGAUAUUCUAGGCGGCAUGGUACUUAGCGAUCCCAGCGACUCGGACUCCACCAUACUCGUCUCGGAUGCGGCCGCGCAGCAGCGUCAGCAGCAUCAGCAGCUCAAGCAGCACCUGCGCAAUCAGCAGCAGCAACGCGAGCGUGAGCGCGAACGUGAGCGCGAUUCAUCAGAGCAUAAGCUGGUCAUACAAGUGCGCGGCAUGGACAAUAGCAACCACAGCAGCGUUACGCGCUCCGAGGAUGAGGGUCACACACACUACUCCGAGGAGCAGCUAACCGCGGUGGCUACACGCGAUGGUUCGCCGCCAGUCUCGGACGAUGGCAGCGAUGUGGAGUCGCUGCAUUCGUAUCAUUACUCACCCAAGGCUGUGGAUAUGCCUUCGGCCAUACGCCUGGCCAAAAGACUGUACUGCCUGGAUGGCUUUAAGAAGAGCGAUGUGUCGCGGCAUCUAAGCAAGAACAACGACUUUAGUCGCGCUGUUGCCGACGAGUAUCUCAAGCAUUUUAGCUUUGAAACUAAAUCCUUGGACUUGGCGCUGCGCGAGUUUCUGCAGCAGUUUUCGCUCUCAGGCGAAACACAAGAGCGCGAGCGUGUUCUGGUGCAUUUCUCCAAACGUUUUCUUGACUGCAAUCCAGGCACUUUCAACUCACAGGAUGCUGUGCACACGCUUACCUGCGCCAUUAUGUUGCUUAACACCGAUCUGCAUGGUCAGAAUAUAAAUCGCAAAAUGAGCUGCGCCGAGUUUGUGGACAAUCUAGCCGAUCUCAAUGAUGGCGAGAACUUUCCCAAGGAUGUGCUCAAGUAUUUGUAUCAGGCCAUUAAAACAAAGCCAUUGGAAUGGGCGCUCGAUGACGAUGCAGCUGAGCAGCAGCGUUCUAAUAAUAAUACUGGCCUCACCGGCAUUAGUCAGAAUCCAUUCUUGGACGCACCCGAAUCAGCUACAGCAAUCGAAUAUAAAAAGGGUUAUGUGAUGCGUAAAUGUUGCUAUGAUACUAGCUUCAAAAAAACGCCAUUUGGUAAACGCAGCUGGAAAAUGUUCUUUAUAACAUUGCGGGAUCUUGUGCUUUAUUUGCACAAGGACGAACAUGGCUUUCGCAAGAGUCAAAUGUCCGACAAUCUGCACAAUGCAAUACGCAUACAUCACGCACUGGCUACAAUGGCCAAUGACUAUACCAAGAAGCAACAUGUGUUCCGACUGCAAACAGCCGAUCAGGCAGAGUAUUUGUUUCAAACCAGUGACUCCAAGGAGCUGCACUCAUGGGUAGAGACUAUUAACUAUGUAUGCGCAGCUUUCUCAGCGCCGCCACUGGAAGGCGGCGUGGGCAGUCAGAAGCGCUUCCAGCGUCCGCUGCUGCCCAGCGCGCAAACCAAACUGCUGCUGAAGGAGCAAUUGGAGUCGCAUGAGCUGCAAGUGUCGCAGUUAACAACUGAGCUAGCUGCGCAUCAGAAGAUACCAGUGCCCAGCAAAGGUUUGCCACUGCAAAACUACAAGGAAAAGGAAAACUAUUUGCAAUAUGAACUGCGUCGCUAUGAGUCCUAUGUUAGCAUUCUAACCGCCAAAAUGCUCGCCGAUCAACAGCCUUCAGAGUCGCUAUUGCUACAGUCAAGCCAGCAGCCGCCAAUGCAGCCACACGACGAGGAUGCGGAUACAUUCCCCGAGGCCACAACGCCGCAUAGUAUUAACAACCAGCAACAGCAGCAGCAGCCGCCGCCACAACAAUCCACCAACAGCAGAAAAGAGAAGAAAAAGAAAUAAUUACGCUUUUUCGUUUUCGAUCAUCACACUCACUCACACACACACACACACAAACAGACACACUCAUGCACUUACACCUUUGGCAAUUGCUUAAUGUCCAUACAAAAUACUCCAAUUGCCUGUCCGAGCACACACAACAACAAGAACACCACACACACACACACUCUCAAGCACAUCACUCACAUGCACAAGGAUCAGUUGGCAAGAGAGGGAGCACUCCAAGUGGGGUAUGGAAGGGAAGACAAGUCAGUCUCAGUCUAUGCGUUGCGGCUGUGCCGUGACGGUCGCAUAACAGUCUGCCAAUAAAUAAUUUUGAAUUUAUGUACAUUUUCUUAAAUUAAGCACAACAACAAUAUUAAUUUGACAACUAAUUUGUAACUGAAGUUGUUAAGGUUAUCAACAGUCCUAAUUGUAAACAGUUGUUCAGCAAGCGAUUGGGCAUUGCUAUAAAUCUCUCGAGAUAUAGGUUUCAUAGUUUUCGAGUCUAUGAAGCCAAAUUAAGCGUUAAUUACCAUACUUAUUAUUUUGACAGCAAUCGUUCGUAUACUUUGCUGAACGGCUUUUUGUCUUUAUCAGAAAAAAACAUAUGUACACCUACGAGUGUACGCCCGAUUUCGAUAAUUAAUUUAUAUAAUUCAAAAUUACUAUACAUAUUCAUAUACUUACAUCAUUACCUAUGCUAUCAUUAUAAAUGAUAAAAAUAAAUUAUUAAACAUCUUCACUACACAAUAAAUAUAAAAAGAUAACAAAAAAGUAUAAAAAACGAAUACAACAGCGAAUUAUGUGAAGCGAUAUUUACAUUUAAAUAUACAAACAAAUAUAUAAUUUGUUAAUUGGCCUUUUUGCAAUAAGUGGACAUUCUCUAAUAUUGUGUACUGUUGCAUUUUGUAUUUAUUUGAACAACAAUUGGUUGAAUAGCGCGACAAGUCCGUAGUUAGAAUAUGAAAUUACACACACACACACACUCAUACCCAAUACACAAACACACACACACAUACACACAAGAGAAGAAAACAAAUA